UCAAGGACAAGGAUCAGUUUCCUGCCAAGUCAUGGAUUAGAACUCAUUAAGAAGCUAAGAGCAAGGUUUACAUAUAAUUUAAAAAAGCUUCCUGAUUUAAGCAAGUUUAGAUCUUUGAUUGAGGCAAACUUCACCUAUCCUAGCCAUUGCUGUGCAUUUACAAACUGGAAAAGACAAAACACUGACUUGCAUCCGAUAUGUAGCAUAUCUCAGGCCAAGCAAGAUCUUGAUGAGCAGCCUGGUGAUAAGAUACAUACACGAUCUGCGGCUGAAGAUUAUAUUUCCAACUACGGCAUAGGAUUUGACCCAGCAGAGAAUGAAUUUGACUAUGGUUUAUGCAAUGAAGUAGUUAAUGUAGCUUGCUCACCUAAACCUGAUGCUUUCAAUCCAUGUGAAGAUAUCAUGGGAUACAACAUUCUGAGAGUCCUGAUAUGGUUUAUCAGCAUUUUAGCUGUCACUGGGAACAUUGUUGUCCUCAUUAUUUUAAUAAGCAGUCAAUACAAACUCACCGUACCACGCUUUUUAAUGUGCAAUCUUGCAUUUGCAGACCUCUGCAUAGGUAUCUAUCUGCUGUUCAUUGCAUCUGUAGAUAUCCAGACCAAAAGCCAGUAUUACAACUAUGCCAUAGACUGGCAAACUGGGGCAGGAUGCAAUGCUGCAGGGUUUUUUACAGUGUUUGCAAGUGAACUCUCAGUCUACACACUGACUGUGAUAACUCUGGAAAGGUGGCACACCAUCACCUACGCCAUGCAACUAGACCGCAAGGUUCGACUUCGUCAUGCUGUGAUUAUAAUGAUUUUUGGCUGGCUGUUUGCUUUCACAGUGGCACUUCUUCCCAUAUUUGGAGUCAGCAGCUACAUGAAGGUCAGCAUCUGUUUGCCUAUGGAUAUAGAAACACCGUUUUCUCAGGCUUAUGUUAUAUUUCUUUUAGUGUUGAAUGUACUUGCAUUUGUGAUUAUAUGUGUCUGCUACAUCUGCAUCUACUUCACUGUGAGAAACCCUAAUGUCGUCUCUUCAAACAGUGACACCAAGAUUGCCAAGCGCAUGGCCAUACUGAUCUUCACGGACUUCCUCUGCAUGGCACCAAUAUCUUUCUUUGCAAUAUCAGCCUCACUCAAGGUUCCUCUCAUAACAGUGUCCAAAUCCAAGAUUCUUCUGGUCUUGUUUUACCCCAUCAACUCCUGUGCCAACCCUUUCCUCUAUGCCAUUUUCACAAAGACUUUCCGCAGGGAUUUCUUCAUUCUGUUGAGCAAGUUUGGUUGCUGUGAAAUGCAAGCCCAGAUUUACAGAACAGAAACCUCCUCAUCUGCUCAUAAUUUCCACACGAGAAACGGACAUUGCCCUCCUGCAUCAAAAAACAGUGAUGGCACUAUUUAUUCAUUGGUUCCUCUGAAUCACUUGAACUGAAAUGUUUGCAUGAAUUUGUGUCUGAGGCAGUGUGAUAAUCACUUUCAACUGUGAAUUUGAAUAAUGACUUCAUCAUAGCGUGUAAACUUAUUUUUUAAGAGGAAAAAAAAAUAUUUCCACUUUGCUAUUUUUGUUCAAUGAACAGCCAUCAGAGAUGACACAUCAUCUUCAUCAGUUCUUGAAGAACAAAGAACAAAACUUCAGUAUGUGACAGUGUUCUGGCAAAAUUGUCUCAAGAAAUAAAUGAGAUUAUAAACUGGUAUCUCCUGCCAUACAGGCAGAGAUUCUCUUCAUUCUAGGAAGAUGUUAGAUGUUUAUUGAGAAUUAAAUAGUGGUUACGUACAGUUGAAAGAAAAAAAAGAUGUAGAAUUAAUUUUUUGCCCGUGAAGCAUGCCACGAUGACAGGUAAUUAGCUCUUCUCAUUAAUCACAUCUCUGGGGGUUACAGGAGACAGAAGGACAGCUUAAAGCCCUCCU